CAAGACCCAUAAAAGGCGGUGCGAUCCUUGAACGAGAGGAGCAGGCAGCAUGUCGCAGCGACAGUGGAAGCUGCCUGAGCAGCCGAGGCGCACGUCAUUCGACUGCCUCACGCUAGAGACGACCAAAGUGCCCACGGUAUUGCCGGGCGAGGUGCUCGUUGCGGUCAAGGCGUGUUCUCUGAACUAUCGAGACCUGAUCAUUGCACAGGGAACACACUCCCUGCCUCAGAGAGGAAAGCCAGUGAUCCCCGUGUCCGACGGCGCUGGCGAAGUCGUCGCCGUGGGCGAAGGGGUGACGAGCUUCCAGAAGGGCGACCGCGUCUGCGCCCUCUUCUUCCAGGACUUUCUCAAGGGAAGCGUGCCGACGGCGGCAGAGAGCAACUCGCGGGGCGGGAGCCUGCGCGACGGCUUUCUUUGCCAGUAUCGCUGCCUCCCCGAGCAUGCGCUCGUCCAUGCCCCCCACCACCUGACGUUCGAAGAGGCCUCGACGCUGCCGUGCGCGGCGGUCACGGCCUUCAAUGCCCUCUUCGGACACUCGUCCAACGUCGUACAGGCGGGCGAGACGGUGCUGUGCGAGGGCACAGGCGGCGUGUCCGUCUUUGGCGUGCAGCUGGCGCUGGCCGCCGGCGCAAAAGUCGUCCUGACCUCUUCGUCCGACGACAAGCUCGCCAGGGUCCGAUCGCUCGUGUCGGCCGAGAAGCAGGCGCGGCUGACGACCGUCAACUACAAGACGGAGCCCAACUACGACAAGGACGUCUUCCGCGUCUCGGACGGCGAGGGAGCCUCACACGUGCUGGAGAUUGGUGGCGCAGGGACGCUGGAGAAGGCGUUUGCGUGUGUGAAGCGAGGAGGGAUGAUCAGCAAUAUUGGCUUUGUGGCCGGCGGGCCCGGCGUUCAGCUGCCGGACAUCCCGACAAUGUCGUUUUCCAAGGGCGUCAUCUACCGGGGCACUAUGGUGGGGAGCAGGGAGCAGUUUGUUGCGCUCAACCGGUGCCUCGAAGCGCACGACAUUCGGCCCGCCGUCGACCGUGUCUUUGCCUUUGACGAGGCCAAGGAGGCCUACAAGUACCAGUGGAGCGCGUCUCACGUCGGCAAGGUUGUCAUUUCGUGUGUGUCGUCAGAGUAGAUGCUACUGCAUUCUUCUUGGAACUUUGUUGAAAAAAAAAAAGAGCCCGCAGUAAGGGCGGAUUUACA